UCAGCAGUGGUUUAAGGAUGGUUUCCCUAAAUCAUCAUCAACAUAACUUCCUUCAAUCCCUAUAACUUCCUCCAAUCCUGGAUCCAAUCUACUCAGGGCCUAUUUACCGAGGGAAGUCUACCAGCUGAAUUCUACCGUUUUCGCCAGCCUUGUCUGCAGAGGUUAUAUAUGUUCUCCCAUGCGGUUCAAACAGCUCAAAGCAAGUCCAGUGGGAGACGGAAGGAAGUCACGGCAUGCAGAAACUUGGCCGCAACAUCCCUUGGGAUGAAAGAUGCUUGAGAAAUGCAGGACUUUGCAAAAGUCCUGUCUGCCACAUCAUCGGGCCCCUCCAGUAGGAAGCUAGCUACAGAUGCUGUAUAGCUUGACUUUCAGCCUUCUUGGUUAGGGAAGAAGUGUGUCUAUCGACUGGUCAGGAUAAAACAAAACAGACGAGCUGGAAUCAGUCAUCAGCCGUACAGAAAUAGGGUCAAAUUAAGCAAAUAGCUUUCCUCUCCAGGGAACGGGCGUCUGAGCCGGAGUCGGCACCUUGUUCGUGAUGCUGCCUGUUGGAGCUGUCCGACUGCCCUCCCUCCACCCACCCGCCCAGAUCAUUCUGUAAGUGACACCAGUCUAAUUAAUUAAUGACUCCUCUGUGUCAGCUGUGGCAGCUGAGCGAGAAAGCAAAGCUGCAAAAGGAGAGGAAAAGGACAGCACGUGGCUGCUUCUAACAGAGACUGCUGAGUGCUGCUGACAGCUCACUGGCUAUUAUUCCUCAUCCCUCCUGCUCCAGGCUGCAGAACAGACAGCAACCAAGAGGGAGAGGGAGAGACAAAUACACGGAGGAAAUAAGAUGGCGUGGGACCAGCCUUUCCAGCACCCUCAGUCCUGGCCAAGGUGCUCUGCCCUCCUUCUGACAUGCUCCAGAACUGCCAUCAGCCAGUUGAUCGAGGCCACCACAGAGCCUCCAAAAAAGAAGCCAGAUCCUGUCACUUCAGAGACGGUGGUUUUCUGGGGGAUGCGCCUCUGGCAGGUGGUUGGAGUCUUUGCCAUCUUCGUCCUAUCAGUCAUCAUAACCUUGUGCUGUAUCUUCAAGUGUCGGAUCCCCCGGACCAGGAAGGAGAUUGAGGCGAGGUACAUGCAGAGGAAAGCUGCCAAGACGUAUGCAGAUAAACUGGAUACCGUGCCAGCGCUCGAUGAGCUGACCGAGAUCCCUGGAGGCUCUACUGAAAGCCUCCCGACUCUCUCUGGCCAUAUCCAGUCCAGACCUCUCAGCUCUCUGCCCGUGGUAAAAGAAGAAGAUGAAAUGGCCCUGCAAGGAAAUUAGCAGGACUGUCUGUCUGUCUGUCUGUGGCUUCUCCUUCCCAUGACUUCAUAGGAGACUCUUCACAUCAGGACGUUGAGAUCUCUCUUCUCCUUUCCUUUCUUAUGUUUAACCCUUUUUACUCUCUUCAUAGCAUUUUCCUAAGAUGUUUCUUCUUUACACUGCUCUACAUAUCCAGCCAAGGGUCAAUAUUCUUUACAGGAACUUGGAGCUUCGUUGAAUCAGGAUAUUAUAUUCUGGGACAUGAAGGGAGGCAGGAAAGAGGGUUUUUAUGAAUGUGCAGCAAAAGGCACUAUUUUAGGGUGAAAGAAAACUAGAGGAACAGAGACCCUGAAACAGCAAAACUUCUAAGGUCAGGCCAAACUGCAAACAAACGGGGCCCAGAUCCUCCAAGGUGUAUAGGUACAUAUGUCCUGUCAAAAUCGGUCACCGUUGAAGACCUGGACCAUGAGAUCUGAUGCAAAGUACACUUAAACUGAUGCAAAGGACCAGAGAUUUUGAAGGGUUAGACUGUCAACUAGUAUCAUUUUGAUGUAACCCUAAUGCAUCAAGGGAAACUAUGCCAAACUAUGACAUCUCUUGUCCUGGCCUAAGGGAGUGCCUUGCUAGAGUCAUCAGAGACUCAAAGGACAUCGAGCCAAGUCUUAUUCCUAUUUUUGCCAUUGAGUAAGUAGGCCAAUAAACCUAGAGGUCCAAGGGCCACCUGAACCAUUGGGCUCACAUGGUUAAGGCACAUCAGACUCUGCAGCCAACAACACACAAGAAAAUGAUGAGUCCAGCAUCCUAUCUGGAUGCCUGUGACUCCUAGCCCAAAUAAUCAAGUGCCCAUUUACAGUUGUGUUGACUAGACUCCAAAUCAAGGCACUGAACUGGAUCCAUAGUAAGCCACCUUUACCCAUGUACUCAUUCACCCCAUCCAUCUGUGAGAUACAUCCUGCAAAACCAAUGGAUCCAGGGAGUUUUUUGUCCCAGGGACACUGAAUGGGUAGGAAUGACCAUGGAAACCAUGUUGUCCUUGAAGUAUGAAACUAGGUGCAAACAGAUGGACAAAGGUGGCUUUCCUUGCAUCAGUGUUUACAUUCAAGAUGUUUAAAAUGCAAAGAAGGUCCACCUAUGCAAAGGGAAUAUAAAAUUCUGCCACACUGACGUAGUAGCAUUUUGCAUUCACCUUGCAUACUUAUGAAUUAUUCAUUAUGCAUCAUUUACAUGAUUAUUCACUAUAAUGUAUUUGUAAUGCAUAGUAGCCCCAGUCGUGGACUAGGAACCCAGGCAAGGGGAAAAAAGCAAAUUGUUUUAAUUACCAACUGGUUAAGCACUUCAAAGAUAAAGCCACUGUGUAAGUGCCAAAUGAAUCACAAUGAUGUUACAAUUGUCAGAUAGGAUUAAGUAUUAUUGCCUUUUAAUUUUGCGCCUCUCUGGAGGAUGGUUAUGGAUGGAAGACCUGAGCUGUGAAUGGGGUCUGUGUUUUGAAGACUGUACAUAGAGGGUGCCACUGCUGUUGGAGAAAUAUAAGAGAUGGCUUAGCACUGUGUGUGUAAUGUCGUCUUAUUGAUGUGAGUCAUUCACUUUAGUCUGAUAUGAGUGGUGCAAGCAGGACAUGGCCCUUGUUACGACUGGAGCUGGUGCCAUGUGUCCUGUGAGCUGGAUCAGUUGUCCCCCCUGACUACUUUGUAAACUUCCCAGGAGUGUAUCCUCAUUGCCAAGCUAUGGGCUAUGCUCUGAGCACCAUCCACCUCCCCCAACUCCUGCUGAAGCUUUUGAGAGAGAGGACGAGAAGGAACAGGAUUUUGUAAUUACAGUGUGAAACUGGUGGGAUAGUCAUAGGCUCUACUUCUUGCUCCUGGUGUUACUGCUAUGAUUUAUCCAAGGUCCUAGGAAGGGGUCAUAGCCUGUCUCCUCCCACCAAGGGAUGUGCAUUGGCCACACACCCAUGCUCCUUCUUUCCUGCCCUCUUCUUGUUCCCAUGUACUAGAUAUGCUCAGGAGCUGAGAUGCAUAAUUCUGGGCCCUGGCUUCUACUCUGGGGACCCAGUACCUAUAAGUUAGGUGCUACAUCAUAUUACUUAUAGGCAACUCCAGCUCAAAGGCAAUUGCCCAGAGUUACACAGCAGGUCAGUAGCAGAAGCAGGAAGAGAUCUCAGGUUUCCUGUUUCCAAUUCUCUUCCAGUAAAACCCUUAAGGGGAAACCAAUCAGUGGGCAUUUAUGGAAGGAGGUACCACAGGAUGGGGAAUGGUGUUAGAAUCUGGCCCUAAAUCAAUGAGAAACAAGUAAAAUCAGAGUUAAUGACCCAUGUGAUAAUGGAGAUUGAUAACUAACUGGAAGGUUGGGUGGACCUGCCUUUUCCAUGGAUAAGCACGUGUGUGCAUGCAUGUGUGUGUG